AUGUCAGCAAUUAAAAGUUCAGAUAUACCUCCAGGAAUGAAUGGAACACCCGUCAUCUUGGAGGAUCAGUCAAGAUAUACUCUCAAAGCGCUUAUAAACAAAGGCUGGGUAGACCAUGCAUUUAAUCAAUUCGUCAGUGAUUUGAUACCUUUGAAUCGCACACUGCCAGAUCCUAGGGAUGAAUGGUGUAAAAAACAAAAUUAUUCAAAUUUAUCCCAAGUGUCAGUAGUGAUAUGUUUCCAUAAUGAAGCAUGGUCGACCUUGUUAAGAACUCUACAUUCCGUGUUAAUUAGAACACCCUUUUACUUAAUAAAAGAAAUAAUUUUAUUUGAUGACUUCUCUGACAUGGAUCAUCUCCAUAAACCGCUUGAAGAUUACAUAAGAAACGUCCCUAAAACUAUAAUAGUAAGGGCUAAAAAUCGUGAAGGUCUAAGCAGGUCUAGGUUGUUAGCUAUAAACUACACUACAGCACCAGUUGUCGUCUUUUUAGAUAGUCACUGUGAAUGUACUAAAGGUUGGAUUCAACCACUUCUUGAUCGCAUUAAGAGAAACCCCACUACUGUGGUGAGUCCUGUAGUUGAUCAAAUACAUGAUUCCACAUUUGAAUACAUAGCUCAAGACACUAACGACUUACGUAUUGGUGGUUUUAAUUGGAACUUGAAAUUUAUUUGGUCGGCUAUACCACGUGAGGUUCGUAAAAAGGAGUCAACUGCUGCUCCUAUAAAAACUCCGACUAUAUCAGGGGGACUGUUCGCUAUAAGCAAGGAAUAUUUUCAAAAACUUGGAUACUAUGACGAAGGUUUCAAUAUUUGGGGAGCGGAAAAUUUGGAGUUGUCUUUUAAAGUGUGGAUGUGUGGAGGCUCUUUAGAAAUCGUGCCGUGCUCUCAUGUCGGCCAUGUAUUUAGGAAGAGGGUUCCCUAUAGAGGUGAAAAGGGAUCAUUGAGAAGAAAUUUGGUGCGGUUAGCGGAGGUGUGGAUGGAUGAUUAUGCCAAAUAUUAUUACGAGAGAAUUGGAAAUAAGAAGGGGAACUAUGGAAAUGUUACUACUAGAAAAGAAAUACGAGACAAAUUAAAAUGUAAAACGUUUGAAUGGUAUUUAAAAAAUGUCUACCCUCAGUUGCAAUUACCAGAUAAAUAUGUUGCUAGUGGACAAAUCUCCAGUAUAGGUCAUUAUGCCAUGUGUUUGGAUGCAAUGACUACGUUUCAUACAAACAACAACGUAAAAAUAUUACCCUGUCACUAUGAAGGUGGUAACCAGUAUUGGGUCUACACAAAGAACGGAGAAAUACGACGAGACGAAAUGUGUCUCGACUACCUAUUUAAUUUAGUCACGUUAUUUGUAUGUCGGGGACGAGAUACUUCACAAAUAUGGCUUUAUGAGAAUGAGUUUAAUCGUAUAAGACAUAUGGAAACACAAAAAUGUCUGCAAAUUAUAAAAUACCCUAAACGAUUGGAGCUUACGUUACGAAAGUGCAACCACUUCAGUGCCCAGAAAUGGACCAUGGAAAACUAUAUAAUAGAGCGAUUAACUCCAGAAUUACAAAUAUAUGCUAAGAGAAAAAUGUGAA